AUGUUUAGAGCCCAGGUUGUGUUGCUCGUCGGUGCAGGCCUGCUACUCGGGUCCUUUCUGACGCUGCUGCAUCCCAAGGUCGAGAUCGUCAGGGACCGAAAUCUGUACCAUGAGGCCUAUCUGCAGAGUCCUGAGUAUCUGAACAACACACCCUACUCUAUUGGGUCGAAUCCCUUCGACGCCGACGUGACAACGAGACGAAUCAUGGAGGCGUUCCCAUAUGUCGCAAACUACAGCGAGCCUAUAGAGAAGAACAUUCUGCAGAUGUGGAAGGUUGGUCCCGACGACCCGGAUUUUCCCUACAGGCCCGAGUUUGAGAGCUGGACAGAGAUGAAUCCGGGCUACAACCACGUCCACUACACCAACGCGAAGCUGAACGAGUACGUGCUGAGCAUGUUCAACGAAACGGUCCCGGAGGUCGCCGAGACGCUGAAGCAGUUUCCGAAGCUGAUUUUACAGUCGGACUUCACGCGAUAUGUCUGGAUUUUCCUGAACGGAGGAGUGUAUGCGGACUUGGACACAGAGUGCAUAGAUCCGAUCGACAACUGGCCUGACGCGCGCGACCGGUCCAUCCACGCGGUGAUCGCCAUGGAGAGCGACAACAACAUCCCCGAGUGGGACGAGAUGAACACCGGCCGGCUGCAGUUCGAGAACUGGGGAUUCAAAUUCAAGAAACACCAUCCGGCGCUGGCCAGGACCAUCGCCAACGUGGUCAAGCUGACGUUCAACCAGCAGGCGUGCCGCAAGUUCGAGGACAGGUUCAAGCAUAUGGGGCUGGACAGCUGUCACCCGCUCGGGGUGAUCGAGUGGACUGGCCCGGGCGUGUUCACGCAGUCGAUGGUGGACUUCUUCAACAAGGGGGCGAAGUUGGAGAUCAGGGACUUUGACUUCUACCGCACAAAAAAGGAGAUUUUCGGGCCAGAGACAGACGACUUUGUGAGCUACAAGACGUUCACGGGGAUCGAGUCGCCGCUCAUUCUGAACGACGUGUGCGUGCUGCCGCCUCGCGGCUUCCAGUGCCAGGACGAGAUGAUCGGCAAGUACUGCUACCUGAAGCACAAGUUCUACGGAGGAUGGAAAAGUGAGUGA